UUUCCAACUUUAGUAUGUGUCGGUCUUUGUAGCGAGCAGCUCGGUAAAGCAUUACCAUCAUUUUAUCGCAAUUUAAUUUUUAAAUGACCUGUUGCUUUGUCAUUUCCCUCAACAAAAUAAAAAUUUUCCCACAGUUCUUGGUUAAGAAUUUAAACUGAAUUAUGAGCAGACUGUCAUUCCAUGUAAAUUUGAGGUGUUCUCGUUUCAUCUAAUAAAAGUCCGGACUUUGUGCAAACUAUUCGUUCAAUCGGUAAUAAAGUUUGCAGCUCUUCAGCUAACAAGAAGCUUCAGAUUACAUGCAGAAGAAGCUGUUUGGCUGGCCUAAUCAAAUUUAUGACGCCAGAAGCCCCAGUUUAAUUGGAAAGAUACACUGAGGAUUUAACGAAGGGCGGCACUCCCAAGACAACAGCAGUGAAUUUAAAUUGGGUCUGAAGAUAAUCAACAAUGCCAAUUAAAGGACUAAUUGAAUUAAUUUCGCUGAGUGGUAGUUGAAAAUGCAAUUUUUCACUUUUAAUCGAAUUUAUCAUUUUCGAAAUUAGUUUCUUGAGUAUCGGUUAUGAAACUUUGUUGUGAAAAUUACGAGAAAAUGGCACUUUGAAGAGACUAAAAUGGGCGAGAUGGCGUCGAACUCGACGCUGAUUUUUCCGAAUCAGACUUACGCGAACGAAACCGUACCAAAUGUUACGUCAGUGGAAAAAGUCCAGUACAUUAACAUCACGAUGGAAAUGCCUAUUGCCUACGCUGUGCCCUUAUAUGGCUACGUUAUGCCGUUCUUAUUGAUAAUAACUAUUAUCGCGAAUACUUUAAUCGUCGUUGUGCUGAGCAAAAGGCAGAUGAGGACUCCAACAAACGUCGUUUUGAUGGCGAUGGCUCUUUGUGAUAUGUUCACGGUUUUAAUACCGGCUCCUUGGCUUAUCUACAUGUACUCCUUUGGGAACCACUACAAGCCCCUUUGGCCUAUAAGUCUUUGUUACGCCUGGUUUGUUAUGCACGAGGUAAUUCCCAACAUGUUCCACACGGCGAGCAUUUGGCUAACAUUGGCCCUCGCUGUUCAGAGGUACAUUUUCGUAUGCCAUGCGCCUCUUGCACGAAAAUUGUGCACCAUGUCUAACGUCUACAAGUGUCUUAUCUAUAUUCUAGUCAUAGCAGCUCUUCAUCAGGGUUUCCGGUUUUUUGACUCAGAAUAUAGCACGGUGGACGUGCUAUGGAACAACCACACAACACAUGUGUGCAAAAGAGAGCAUGCACAUUGGGUGAAGGAAUACGUGACCGAGGAUUUCUACUUCGUAACUUAUUUCAUGUUCAGGGUAUUAUUUGUGCAUCUAAUUCCUUGUGUAGCUCUCGUGAUUUUGAAUAUCCUAUUGUUUCGAGCACUGAAACAAGCGCAACAGCGAAGGGAGCAACUGCUUUCCAAAAAGAAUCAAAAGAACGAAUGCAAGAAGUUAAGAGACUCUAAUUGCACCACUCUGAUGCUGAUAGUCGUAGUAACUGUGUUUCUUAUUGUAGAGAUUCCGCUAGUGGUGGUUACUUUGUUGCAUAUAAUAUCCAGCACGUUUAUUGAGUUUCUGGACUACUAUGUAGCGAAUACGUUAAUUCUUUUUACCAAUUUUUUCAUAAUCUUAAGUUACCCGAUAAAUUUCGCUAUUUAUUGUGGCAUGUCGCGACAAUUUAGAGAGACUUUUAAGGAAUUGUUUAUACGGGGCGCCGUUACGACCAGAAAUGGAUCGUCUAGGUAUUCGCUGGUCAAUGGACCUCGAACUUGUACCAAUGAAACUGUUUUGUAAUUUUUAGGACAAACUCAAUGUUGAAAAAAAGAUUACGCUUAACGAGACUCAUAAUACUUUGUUUUUAAUUUGUAAGAAGACUAAAUACUUUGUAACAAUUCGUAUGCUUGUGUGUUGUAAAACGAUACAUUUGUUUAUGGGGUUGUAAAAUUUAUGUGUUAAGCCCGACUUGAAAGACCUAGUUAUUAUAUCAUUUGUACAUAAUUUAAUGUUGCGUGUGUCUACUCGAUACUUCUAGGUUAAGUUUCAACCAUUUUCUUUAACGUUUUACAUUUGCCUCCAACAUUUGUCAAUGACUUUCAACAUAAAGAGCCCUAACUUGAAAGUAGUUGACAAUUAAAUAAAAUUUGUAUUGUUUUUAACACUAUAAUCGAGACAAAAUUGUAGUGUUGAAAUGUAAUCGAAUGUAGAUUUGUAACCUUACACCAGAGUUACAUAUGAACUGAAAAAUGUAUCAUGAAUGUUCAAUAUAAUCCUUUAGAGUAAAUACAAAA